CUUUUGCACGGUGGACACCGUGAGCUUCUCCAUAUAAUGGUGUUUGUUAAGUAAACCAAACUAAACCCGCUUUCCAUGGUCUUGUUAUAUCAGUCACUCAAACAAUGGCUCUAUUUACGCUUGCUCUCGACACAAAAGCACAAAUGCAGACUGGAGUAGGGAGGUCUGAUCUGAGCAUGUUCUUACAGCUGACAGAAGCAUCAUGCUCUGUCUGUGAAGAUUGCAGUUUGGUACAUUAAAAGCUCUGAUCUAAAGCCUUCUGGCAAUGUACAAUAAAAGCAUCUGUGUAACACACAAAGCCCCUUGUGGUUUCCGAAAUGUCUUCAAAGAGGGGAAGUUUUAAUUAAUAAGCUGUUAGAUUUAAUAGGGGAAAAGAUCCAGGCAACAUGCAGAGGUUUCUGUGUUAGAAUUGCAGAAAUGUUCAACUGCCCGGCCCCCCAUGGGAAAUCACAUCAACCCCCAACCACACACACACACACAAAUUGAUAAGCUGGGUGUGUUUGAGUUGGGGGGGGUGCAGUGUUUGGCAAAGAUGAGCACUGUGGUGGCUCUGCUCAUGAGGGUGAGCGAGGGCGAGUCUGACAGACCAGGGAGGCGGGGAAGAAAAAUAUAGAAAAGAAAGAGAACACAACAACUCUUUUUUUUUAAUGAAUGAAUGAAGUAGACGCAGGACUUGUUUUUCGGGUUUCUGGUGGGGAUGGUACUGUGGGGUUCUUUGCGCUUUUCUUUCACUUUUUUUUUCUUUCUCAUUCUCUUUACUUUUCUUUGUCCCAUGCACACCUUUUCUCCUAUCUUUUCUCUAUGCUUUUCUCCAUCAAUCCCACACCCCUGCACACAUUCACCCUUCAGGAGGGCCAGAGAUGUAACUAACAUGGCACAGCUCUAGCGCUGCCCUCUUUGGUGCCCGUGUGCCAAUAUGGGUCUCGGUUGCCGCAAGCUGCAGGAGCACCGAUCUGUUCAUGCUAAGGGCUGUACAGCAGAGAAGGACAGAUCGGUUCUCAGCCAUGAGGCUUUUCUGCUCAUGGCAAACUCCCAGAAUGACAUGGAGGAUUGGGUCAAAGCCAUUAGACGUGUCAUCUGGGCUCCCUUUGGAGGAGGUAUCUUUGGUCAGCACCUGGAGGACACAGUACAGUCUGAGAGAAAGUUUGGACCCCGACUGGCCCCUCUGCUGGUGGAGCAGUGUGUGGAUUUCAUACGGGAGCAGGGUCUGAAAGAGGAAGGUCUCUUUAGGAUGCCAGGGCAGGCCAACCUGGUCAGAGAACUCCAGGAUGCUUUCGACUGUGGGGAUAAGCCUCUGUUUGACAGUAACACUGACAUUCACACAGUGGCGUCCCUCCUGAAGCUCUACCUCAGGGAGCUGCCGGAGCCUGUGAUCCCUUUUAACAAAUAUGAAGACUUUCUAACCUGUGCACAGCUUCUGCUAAAAGAUGACGAAGUGGGUCUCAGUGAGCUUGUGAACCAAGUGAACAAUCUUCCUCAGGCUAAUUAUAAUUUGUUAAAGUACAUUUGCAAAUUCUUAGAUGAGGUGCAGUCACAUUCGAAUGAGAACAAGAUGAGCGUUCAGAACCUUGCAACAGUUUUUGGACCAAAUAUCCUUCGGCCUAAAGUAGAGGACCCUGUUUCAAUGAUGGAAGGAACCUCCCAGGUUCAGCACCUGAUGACGGUGUUGAUCAGUGAACAUGAGCGUCUGUAUGUGGGGACUGAGGGAGAUGCAUUUUCUGAGCCAACCAGAAGUUGUCUUCAGGGUCAGCGAGGCAUGGCAGAGUGGAUCUCCGAUGAGGAGGUGCUGAACUGCUCAUCGCCGAGCCAGACGUCCAAAGCGGCAGAGAAUGUGUGUGGCAGUGCCACGUCUUUAGAUAUGAAUAUAGGUGCCCCUACAACUGCCAAAAUGACACCUCAGGGAAAAGCUGGGGUGACAGUCAGCCCCAGCAAACAGGCUAAAUCCCUCCCCUCUUGGAAAUACUCCUUCAAGAGUGGAGGGGUACGCGCUCAACCUGCAAAAAUUGGGGGCUCGUCUGUGGAUGUGUCCACCUUGCCCAGUACAGGCAACUGGUUGAUGAACGGGCUUUCCUCUCUGCGCAGCCACCGGCGUACAUCAUCAGGAGAGCGCAUGGGCAAGGAUUCAGUCCUGUCGCACCGUCUAUCCACUUACGACAACGUGUCCUCAUCGAGUCUCAGUGUACCCAGUGUAGCAAGCACGCCCUGGUCCACGUCCUCUUGUGAAAUCUUAGUGGACGACUCUGUGGGUAGUGACACCUCUGAAAAAGUGGAUUGGUCAAUUGAAGGGUUUGUCCAAGGUCAAAGUGGGGACAGGAGUUCAGAGGUCACUAAGAGCAGCGAAGUACUUGAAAUGUGUGUGAGCAGUGCAGGCUGCAGUGAGAAUGGAAGUGGAGAAGAUGCAGUGAACGUUACAGGAGAUACUGACAUUAGCAAGGCAACACUUAACGGCCUGGUAACAGAGCUGAAAGACGAGUUAAAGAAACAGAAGGUCAACUAUGAAUCACAAAUACGAAGGCUAGAGGAAUCAAGUGUCGCUAUGCGUAACCAACUGGAGAGGCUAGAGGAGGAGUUGGACCAGGAGAAGAAAAAGUAUUGCAUGUUGGAAAUUAAACUCCGCAACUCUGAGCGAGCCCGUGAGGACGCAGAGACCCGCAACCACUUGCUUCAGAACGAGAUGGAGGAGUUCUUCUCCACUUUGGGAGAUCUGACAUUGGGAACAAGGACAAGCUAAAUUUGACUGGCUCUCUUACAGGCCUCCUGAUGUAACACUGAGAGAAUAUGUGUUUGUUCGAAAAACCUCUCUGCUCAUGCAUCAUGAGUUUUCAGAGGUAAUUUUGUGCUGUUUUGUUACAGCGACUUGAUCAUGUGUAGCGGUUACACUUUUCUCCCUGAUCUUCAGUCUUGCAUUUUAAAGGGAUAGUUCACACAAAAAUACAAAUUCACUGGUUAUUUACUCACCCUCAUAUCGUUCCAAACCAAUAUGCUGUUUUUCUGCAGAGAACAAAAGGAUCAUUUUUGAAAAAUCUUCACAAGAAGUGCACAUUUUGUGUGAAGAACACCUUCAAACUUGUCAAACUUGCCACUUCUUCUUUGUAAAUAAUAACAAUAUUUUCAUUUUGAACUAUUCCUUUAGGGUGCCGUUCAGUUUCCAUUAGCUUGCAUUUCCAGUCACUUGCAUAACCUAACAUGCACAGAUAAUACCAAAGCAUGACAUUUCUGACCAGACUGUCUCACAAAGGCAGGUCAUUUUAAUGGCAUUUCCUGUUAAUGCAUGGUAUGAAAGAUGUCCUGCUGAACUGUCUCUUGGGGUUUUGGUGAAAUUAUCACACAACACUUUUUCAGUCAAAGUCUACAUCAUUUAAAACCAGUCACCAUAUACAAUCUGCAUCCUGUCACACUGUGCCUCACACUUCCAACUGUUCAGUCAUCAAACCUCACAGACCGAACUCUUUUCAGCAAAUCCCUUUAUUUCUAAGUAAAUUGCACUAGAAUUAAAUACCUUUUUUGGUUUAGGUGAGGUAAUACCAUCCAAACUGUCUUAUUGUACAACUUUUCAUAGACAAUGUACAACUGUCCAAUUGUAUAACUGUUAAAAUCUCAACUGUAUUGAAAGAUUAUUUCAGCUGCAAGAUUGCCAAGGCUAUUAUUUAUUUAAGCUUCCUCAGGUUGUUUUUUUUUUAAAACACUCAAUGAAUGAGUGUCUUUAUAUAAAAUAGAUGACGGAACUAAGGCUGACAUAUACUUGAAUGUGUUAAAGUAUUUUGUUUUUAAAGUAUGCACAUACUGUAUGUUCAUGUGGUCAUUUUUUCUGUUUUGAUUCCUGAAUGCAGAAAGUGCCAAAGUAGAGGACUUUAAAAAAUGUGUGUUUCAUUUCAAAUGACAACAUAAUAAAUUGUUGCAAUGCAUCAAGGGAAGUUUGAAGUUAGAAAAUGAGUGAUAUAAAAAGUGAAUCAUAAAAGCCUACUUACUGAUAAGUGUUGUACAAAAUAUAUUUUUCUAUCAAACAUUUCAAAAAUAAAAAAAUUUAUAAUUCACCCAAAAAUCGGA